AUGAAGGCUCGCAUGCUGCAAAGAGUACAAUUACGGGGGGCAAUGGCCGCCAUCGCCAGGUCGAACGGGGCCGCCCUUGGUUCCGUGCGCGCCGCCAGCAGCGUCUCGCAGCGUCCCAACUCGGAGUUUGUCCAGUUCCCAGGCGCGCUCAAGAGCGCCUUCACGCACAGCCUCAACUUUGAGAACCCAGAAUCGUACAAGGCCUUGCCGACGUACCGAGUGGUGGACCAGCAUGGCGUGGUUGUGGACAGCUCUUUUGAGCCGGACAUUUCGGAGGAGCAGGUCGUCAAGUUGUACAAGGAUAUGCUGUUCAUCUCCAUCAUGGACCUGAUCAUGUUUGACGCCCAGCGACAGGGCCGUCUCAGCUUUUACAUGGUCAGCGCCGGCGAGGAGGCCGUCAGCGUGGGCACAUCAAGUGUGCUCGACCCAGAAGACGUCGUGUUUUGCCAAUACCGUGAGCAGGGCUUGUUCAAAGAGAGAGGCUUCACGACCAAGGAAUUCAUGUCGCAAUUAUUUUCCAACAGAAAUGACCCUGGUAAAGGUAGAAAUAUGCCCAUCCACUACGGCAGCAAGAAGCUCAAUGUGCACACCAUCUCAUCACCUCUAGCCACACAACUGCCACAGGCUUCCGGUGCAGGAUAUGCUCUCAAGCUACAGAAACUUCAAAACCCCGAAACCAAAGCUCGUGUCUGCGCCGUCUUUUUCGGAGAAGGUGCUGCCAGCGAGGGUGAUUUCCAUGCCGCCAUGAACAUUGCCGCCACCAGAUCUUGCCCCGUCAUUUUCAUUUGCCGCAACAACGGGUAUGCCAUCUCAACACCGACAUUAGAGCAGUACCGCGGUGACGGCAUUGCCAGCCGCGGUAUUGGCUACGGCAUCGACACCAUCCGCGUUGACGGCAACGAUAUCUGGGCCGUACGUGAGGCGACCAAGAAGGCGCGCGAGAUCGCGCUGCAAGACGGCGGCAAGCCCGUGCUCAUCGAGGCCAUGACGUACCGGGUCUCGCACCACAGCACAUCCGACGACUCGUUCGCGUACCGGGCGCGCGUCGAAGUGGAGGACUGGAAGCGCCGGGACAACCCGCUGACACGCCUGCGCAAGUGGAUGGAGACCAAGGGCUACUGGGACGAGGCGAAGGAGAAGGAGGCUCGUGACGCGCUGCGCAAGGAGGUGCUGCGGGAGUUUAGUGCGGCGGAGAAGGAGAAGAAACCGGCGAUCAGGACCAUGUUUGAGGACGUCUACGAAAAGCUGACACCGGGCCUCGAGGCGCAGAUGCAGGAGCUGAGGGAGCUGAUUGACAAGUACCCCGACGAGUACGACGUCGGUGAGUUUGAGGGUGGCAAGGAGUCGCUGAAGCCAUGA